CUUCAUUCUUCUCCACCCCUCAACCUCUCUUUCUCUGUUCUCACGCAGAGAAAGUACAUGUUUGAUUUCACAAUUCAUACAGAAUCCAAGUUAAAUUUAUUGGGAAACUAAGACUUAUAGCUUCUAGCCAGAAUUGAAGGGAUUUUCAUUCUAAGAUAAUUGUGAAAUCAAAUAUACUGAAGGAGGUAUGCAGAGGCGGUUCCUUAAAGUUUACACUGCUCUAAAAGAGCACAGCUGCAUCAGCUAUGCCAAGAUUGCUUCAGCUGCAGGUUUCUCUGAUAUCAACCUCAUCAUCAUCAAAGCAACUGCACCUGAUGACUUUCCCGUGCAAGAAAAAUACAUACAACUUCUCUUGAAACUCUUCUCCUUAUCUCCCACCUUGUGUCACUCAUUUGCCAUCAGCUUCACUCGAAGAUUUGGCACCACACAUAGCUGGCGAGUCGCGCUCAAGUCUCUGAUUCUUCUCCACCGUUUGCUUCGCUCUGUCCAAGGAAACAGCCCCCUCUGGACUGAACUGCUGUGGACUCGUUCCAAUGGAUUGAUUUCUCUCUACCCUUGCCACUUCAAGGAUGCUUCAUCCUCAUCUUCCAAAUCCUACACAAACUUCAUCAUAUCCUAUGCACACCUUUUAGAUGAAGCACUUAACUGUGUCCCCUUGGAUCGCACUAGUAGCACCAUGUUUGAACACCAACAAAAAGAAAAGGAACAAGACACUAGGCCUCAAACUUUUCACAACAAGAUGAGAGAAAUGGGUGACAUGCUUGAAACCUUACCACAACUCCAGAGCCUCAUAGACAGGGUGAUGGAUUGUUACCCUAAAAGGGUGGCAGCAAGAAGUUUCCUUGUCCAGUGUGGCAUGAAACUCAUAAUCCGAGACAGCUUCAUUUGCUACACAAAGUUCAGAAAAGAAUUGGUAGUGGUUUUGGACAAUCUCCUUGAGAUGCCUUAUAGGAACUGCAUAGCUGCUUUCAAUAUAUACAAGAAAGCAGCUAUGCAGUCAAAUCAGCUUUAUGAGUUCUAUGAAUGGUGCAAGGCCAAAGGGUUGUGUGGUUCCUAUGAGUACCCUUUGGUGGAACCUAUCUCACAUUUACAAAUCAAGGCUCUAGAAAGGUUUCUGAGUGGCAUGUGGCAGUUGACAGAGUCAUCAUCAUGUUCUCCAACUAGCCCUUCAUCAUCUUCUGAGGAAACUCCCUCAGAAAGACAGGUGGUGAUGAGAAGUGACACAUUCCACAUCAAAGAGAAGCCUUUGAUUGAUCUGGAAGAUGAUAGUGAGGAUGUUAGUUGGGAGGCACUGCUGGAAUCUUCCAUUAGUUUUUCUCAUGCUUAUGAUCAGAGUGACUUAAUCAGCUUAUUCAGCUAUCAGCAAGGAUGGGAUGAUGAUCAUAGCUUCGAAGUGAACGAAAAGCAGCAAAAACAAGUCACCACGUACAAAUCUCCUACUGCAGCUAACAACCCUUUUCAGGAGUCCAACUACUAUGGGAGAUUUGCUCAUAACCCUUCAUACCCUUGGGGUCUAUAAUGGAUUUCAUGUCCUGGAUCCAUGGUACUACUAUACCGUGGGAUUUUCUCUUAUUUUUUUAUUGUUUUAGUUGUUAUCCUAAUAAGAGGGUUAUGAUUGCGGUUGGUCUA